AACAAUUCCAAUUUUUACCAUUUCAGAUAUAUAUAUUAUGAGAGCUAGAAAACCUUUCUCCAUAUCCUCGCUCUCCUGAGUGGGCUUGGCAUGCCAUUUGAUUACGUGUAUAUACCAGAUGGCAUAUAUAUAUAACUUGUACAAUCUUCGUUCUACUUACACCUAGCCAGCCAGAAAUUAAAGCUUGAAUUCUAGCAACCACCCCAAGACAUCUAUCUAUAUAUAUGUUGAAGAAUUGGUCAGGAUUCUUCAAUUCUUAAUCACUUUUUUUUUGUUUUCUUGAUCAUCAACUUGAUGAUGGCGACAAAAUGGAGGAAUUUGGUGGAGGAGAUCAAACCGGUGGUGAUGAUGGUGAUGGUGGCGGUGGCGUACGGCGGAAUGAGCAUUCUGUACAAAGUGGCUUUCAAUGGUGGGAUGAGUUUGAGGGUUCUUAUUGCUUACCGCUUCAUCUUUGCCGCCGCUGCUAUUACUCCUUUUGCCCUCUAUAUUGAGAGUAACGAUCACUCAGGAAUAGGAGGCCAAAGCUCACGCGGAUGAUUCUCGUGCAAGCCUUUUUCUGCGCAUUAUUUGGGGGUUCAAUGAAUCAAAAUUUGUUCGCGGAGAGCGUAGUCCUGACCUCGCCAACUUUUGCCAGUGCCAUCGUUAAUCUCAUUCCUGCAUUUACUUUCAUCUUAGCUGUUCCUUUUGGGUUGGAAAAGGUGUGUCUCAGAACGAGAGCCGGGCAAGCGAAAGUGGCUGGAACAUUACUUGGGAUCGGAGGGGCAAUGGUCCUAAGUUUCUACAAAGGGGCCCAACUUCAAAUUUGGUCAACGCCAAAAAUUGGACACGUGGCAGCUGCACCACAACCGCCACACACUUCGGGGUCCCACUUAUUGGGUGUUUUCAUGUCACUGGCAUGCGUUCUCUCUAGUGCAAUUUCCUUAAUAUUUCAGGCAAAGAUGAGCAAGGUGUACGACUGCCACUAUUCUAGCACCGCCUUGAUCACCGUCAUGGGCUCGCUUCAAUCGGUGGUGUUUGCAUUCUGUACGGAGAGGGAUUGGAGCCAAUGGAAAUUAGGAUGGAACCUUAGGCUCCUAAUUGUUCUUUAUGCUGGGGUGAUAGCAUCGGCAUUGGCAAUUACUUUUACAAUGUGCAGCCUACGAAUGAGAGGCCCUUUGUUUGUAUCGGUUUUCACCCCAUUGACGCUCGUGUUCGUGGCCAUCGUUAGUACUCUCUUCCUCAAAGAGGAGCUUUUCUUGGGAUGUGUGAUCGGAGCGGUAACAAUAAUUGCGGGAUUAUACAUGGUGAUAUGGGGAAAGAAGGCAGAAAUGAAGAACAUCUCUAAUGUAAUAACCCCAUCUAGAAGUACCUGGAAUGAAGAAGAAGAAUGUUCAAAUAUCAACCGGAGAAAUGGUGUCAUCGACCUUGACAACAACCACCACGUUGUCAUUUCUCCCGACUUGAAUUUUCAAUGGUACUCUAAAACUGAAGGAGUAAGAGGAGAAGAAAAUGAAAUGAAACUCAAAGAAGGAACAAUUGUUGGACAAAGUUCCAAUGUCUAGCCAGCUAUCUUAUAUUAUACGUCCCCUACCCAUUGUGUAAAUUGUCAAAGAUGUUACGGAGUAUGUGUUUACUCUUUUUUAUUUGUAAUAUGUAUAAAAAAUGAUGGUAAUGUUAUAUAUUAUACGUAUACACUGUAAUAGGAGUAUAUUUUUUCAACAAUCGGAUGUAAAGUUUUAUCUGAACUUAUACAAGAAAAUAAUAUUAUUUUCUUUUCUAAACUCACAGUUCUUAUGAACUAUGGGUAAGCGGUAGCC